CGGGCAGGGAGAUCAUUUCAUUUUGACGUCUGCAACCGAGAACUACGUUAGUUCUGUCAUCUUGCAAGUGCUGACUUGUUGAACGCCAAUGUCUCCAAAAGUCAUUAGGAUCUUGUUUUUACCUACAUUUCUAUUGGAUUGUGUAGUUUGCACCUGUCCAAUCAAUUACACACAAAGUGAUGCCUUUUGUUACAAGUUUCCGUCAGUACAGUUGGACUGGGCUAAUGCAACUCUUUUUUGUCCUCAAGAUGGAGGCAGCAUGGCUGUGAUAUCAUCUGUUCAAGAAAAUACGGCUUAUGCUAACUACCGGAAUUCGCUACCAAUUACUGGUGACCCAGUCUGGUUAGGUGUGCACUAUAUCACAACUAGUGGUGGAACAUGGCAAUUUUUGACAGACUACACAGGAGGAUCAACAGUUUAUCAUAACUUCCUCAAUGGUACAAUUCCCAUAGGACAUGAUGGUGAUUGUAUCAUUGGAUGGUUUCAGAAUUCGGAUUUUGUGUGGUCUCCUGUCCAUUGCAAUACGUCUCUCUAUUUCAUUUGUGAGGCCAGACCAACAAAUGUUGUCACCACUACAUCUGCUCCAGUUAUAGAUAUAGGUGACACAAACAGUACUGGCAUCAGCACUAGUUCCAACUGGAUCAAAGUCUUGAACAAUUUCCGUUUUCCAGUUGUUGCUAGCCCCGCCCCAACUCUAGGCAGAUCCGUUGUGUUUUGUGCAGUGGGUUGUGCCCAAUCCAGUCAGUGUGUUGCAUUCAAUCACAAGCCACAUGAUAACGAAUGUCAACUGAUUCACAAUGAAGUCAACGCUAGCGCUGCCAUUGCCUGGACAGGUUGGGAUCUUUGGAUAGAUGGAACUCUUCUGUACACCUUCUAUAAUUCAAGUGCUUAAUUUAGUCCGAACUUUAUAUGCUUUAUAUUCAAGGAAUAUUUUGUAGCAUUCAAAAUAAGACUUUGGGAAAUAUGAGUAUUUUAUUUUUUUUGACAGUAUAAUUUGUGUAAAUCUGUAGCUCUACUGAUUACUAUGGGAAUUUUUUUCUUCUAAUCUAGCAAAGACUAUUAUAUUGACAUGUGUAACAAUAGGCCUACUAUUAUCAUUCUUUGUCCCUGUUUCAUGGUGAUUUACAAUGGCUGGUGGAUCUAAAUAAAUGAAAAUGUACUACAUAGGGGGAGGAUGUCUGACAAGACUAAUGACUGUGUAAUAUAGUGUAUAGACAUUGGACAACACAGACUUUAGGGGGUCUCACCUAUGCACAGAGAAAGGCAGACAAGUUAUUUACUAGAAACUUUGUAUUAAACCAAUAAGAAUUACAGAAGAGAAAAAAAAAGACAACAGAAGGAGAAUUAUCCUUUUUUAUUUAUGAAUCAACUUUUUUGCAUUGGAAUUGAAAUAAUUGUAACUAAUUAUAACUAAAUCAUGUUAAUGAGCACUGUAAAUACAGAAUGAUACAAGUUUUAAAAAAUAUAUGACAAUUUGUCACCAGGUAACAACUUUCUAUGUAGUCCAUUCUAAUCUGACUUGAAAUGCUGUACUUAAUAAUUUUUAUGAUACUGACUCCAAAAUGAAAUCCAGAGUCUUAUCUCUAACCCUAACCCAUCAGCUUCACUAACUACUACAAGUGAGAGCCCAGCUGUACAAAAUAUAUUCUAGCAAAGAACUCUACUGAUGAUACUGAUAGAAGUAUAGGGGAAGAGUCCAGAUAGCUACUAGCUUAACAGAAAGUAUUCUCUAACUAAUGAUGAGUGAAUACUCACAAGCAUAGUUAACUUUCUUAUUUUCAAGAAGUCCUAUAUAUAUGGACAGAGAAUCUCUGUGAUGUGGCCAAAUCUGUUGAUCUCAUCCUGUGAUAUUUUAUUCUCUAACAACCAGAAGCAUUCCUAAAACAUAAAAACAUAGGAAGAAAAAAGAAUAAGUUUGAUUGCUAUUCAGUACAAGGUUGGGAAAAUAAACAGUGCGGCAAUUCUGUUGACUGUAGUGAGAGCAUGUAGUGAUCAAAAGUGUCAAACUAAUUGACAGUCACAGGUACAUGAGAACUAAGUGUUGUGUAGUCAUAGUUAUAGUCAUCGACUAUUUAAAAAUCCUUAAAACUACUAUACAAAAGUUAUACUUAAAUAAUACCUCUAACUAUUUCAGAAAAAAAAAAUCAACAGUUUGCUUGUUGAGACUAUUUAAAUGACUUUUAAAAAGUUAUAGGUACCACUCACUGAGCUUGUAUUAUGAGCUGCUUAUUCUAUUUACAUUGUAAUGUUAAUGUAGAAAAGUGAAAGCUACAUACAACACUAAAAAGUCAAACAGUUAUAUAAUGUAGUCUCACUAACCAUCAUCUUAACAAAUACCCAAACAACAUACACGAGAAAACAAAACACUUAUUAUGCUUAACACACCUGUGGAACAAGCUGCUUUGAACUAAAUAUACUUCAUUGCACUAGUCAUAAUGAUAGGGUACCACUUGUUAUAAAUUCUUUUUCAAACUGUGCUGUCAGCAGCUCAUGUUAUCAUCAUAAUAUUCUUUUACUAUCCUUGAAAAGGUUGCCAUCUUUAAUAUUUUUAAAAUGUCCCUAAUGUAUUAUUAUGAUAAUGUAUUAGUAUGAUAUACUGAACACCUACCAUAUCAACUAAACUGUUGUAAUCUUUUCACAAGUCACAACACAGGCAACCACAAACACUAAAAAGGCAACAUUUAUCAAAGUUUUUGCACAUGGAAAACAAAAGCAAAAGUUGACUUUCCAAAACAUGAAUGAAUUCUGAGGGUGUCCUCUGAUUAUAUUAAGUUACAAAUAAAAACAAAAUAUUUAUGUAUAAUUUACAAAGUAGUGAUUAUCUUGAAGAUUACACUGUGUAAAUUAAAGUCAGUCAUAUUAAAUUAAUAAAAUAAAAAAUUAACAAACACCAGCAUCUUUGUUCUAUUUUAAUUGGCCUACAUUAGUAGCUUGACAUAGUUGACAUUGGAGAGGAGUCACAUGAGAAAGGUUUAAACACUAUAGUAGACUUCAUUCCAGUAGGAGUAUUAAUUUUCAAAUGAUUCAAAGCUCUAAAAAUUUUAGUGAAUUUGUUUUUAACUGUACACAAUUUCUGCAUACACAUAUCUGGUAUGCACAAAAAAAAAAAAAUAUCCAACAUGUUU